AUGGGGGACCUCUUUAUGAUCUGGGUGGCCAUGGGCAUAUGCUGUGCCACCCUCAGCGCCUCUGCCUGGUCAGUGAGUAAUUUCUUGAUGACAGGUCCCCAGGCCUAUCUGACGUACACAACCAGCGUGGCCCUGGGUGCCCAGAGUGGCAUCGAGGAGUGUAAGUUCCAGUUUGUUUGGGAACGUUGGAACUGCCCUGAAAACGCGCUCCAGCUCUCUACUCACAACAGGCUGAGGAGUGCCACUAGGGAGACAUCCUUCAUCCACGCGAUCAGCUCCGCUGGAGUCAUGUACACCAUCACCAAGAACUGUAGCAUGGGAGACUUUGAAAACUGCGGUUGUGAUGAGUCAAAAAAUGGGAAAACAGGAGGCCCCGGCUGGAUCUGGGGAGGCUGCAGCGACAAUGUGGAAUUUGGAGAACGCAUCUCCAAACUCUUUGUGGACAGCCUGGAGAAGGGGAAGGACACCAGGGCCCUGAUGAACCUGCACAACAACAGGGCGGGCAGGCUGGCAGUGAGAGCCACCAUGAAGAGGACCUGCAAAUGCCACGGCAUCUCCGGGAGCUGCAGCGUGCAGACGUGCUGGCUGCAGCUGGCGGACUUCCGGGAGACGGGAGACUACCUCAAGGCCAAGUAUGACCGGGCACUGAAAAUCGAGAUGGACAAGCGGCAGCUACGAACCGGGAACAGCGCAGAGGGCCGCCGGGCACCCACGGAGCCCUUCCUUCCCAGCGCGGAGGCGGAGCUGGUCUUCUUGGAGGAGUCGCCAGAUUACUGUGUCCACAAUUCCAGCCUGAGCUUCCGCGGCACCGAGGGUCGAGAGUGCCUGCAGAAGCGCCCCGGCCCGGCCCGAGGGGAGCAGCGCAGCUGCCGGCACCUGUGCACCGAGUGCGGCCUGCAGGUGGAGGAGAGGAGGAGCGAGGUCACCCGCAGCUGUCACUGUAAAUUCCAGUGGUGCUGCACAGUCAAGUGCGACCAGUGUCGGCAGGUUGUGAGCAAAUACUUUUGCACGGGGCCCCAGGCCAAGGGCAGGGCUCAAUAG